AUGUCUGUCUUCAAUAAUUCUGCCCUAUACCCAUGCUUCCUUCUGACUGGCUUCUCAGGCCUUGAAAGCAGAUAUGGCUUGAUUUCUCUCCCCAUCCUCUUGGUUUAUGCCACCUCAAUUGCAGGGAACAUUACCAUCCUCUACAUUAUCAGAACAGAGUCUUCUCUCCACCAACCAAUGUACUACUUUCUGUCAAUGCUGGCACUCACUGACCUGGGCCUAUCUACCACUACCUUGCCUACUAUGUUCAGGGUUUUCUGGUUCCAUGCUCGGGAGAUCCCCUUCAAUGCUUGUUUGGUCCAGAUGUACUUCAUUCAUGUUUUCUCAAUAAUUGAAUCUGCUGUGCUAUUGGCCAUGGCCUUUGACCGCUUUGUAGCAAUCCGAGAGCCCCUGCGCUAUGCUGCCAUUCUAACCAAUAGUGUAAUCAUUGGCAUUGGGUUGGCAAUUACUGGCAGGGCUGUGGCUCUUGUCUUCCCAGCUUCCUUCCUCCUGAAGAGGCUUCAAUAUCGCGCCGUCAAUGUCCUCUCCUACCCCUUUUGCCUGCAUCAGGACCUCAUAAAGACAACAGUGUCCAGCCGUCGGGUCAGCAGCAUCUAUGGCCUCAUGGUGGUCAUCUGCUCCAUGGGACUUGAUUCGGUGCUUCUCCUCCUCUCCUAUCUCCUCAUCCUAGGCACAGUGUUGAGUAUAGCUUCCAAAGCAGAGAGAGUUAAAGCCCUCAAUACUUGUAUCUCUCACAUCUGUGCUGUACUCACCUUCUAUACACCAAUGAUUGGGCUAUCUAUGAUUCGUCGCUAUGGGCAGAAUGCUUCCCCUAUCAUCCAUGUGCUCAUGGCCAACAUCUACUUGCUGGUUCCACCUCUGAUGAACCCUAUUGUCUACAGUGUGAAGACCAAGCAGAUUCGUGACAGGCUCAUCAAGAAAUUUAAUAAACACCAAGUUUAG